AUGGCACCUCAGAACGAACAGAGUUCUCUCAAACGUAGCAGGGUCAGCACAGAUGGCGAUCCACAAGAUCUAAAGAAGCCUCGACGCUCCGAGAGAAUUACAUCUAAGAACCAGUCGCAAGCGACCCCGGUCGACCAAACGUACUUGCCCACCCCGUUGACUGAACUAGAUUCGACUGCUACGGAUGUUCGGAAUGAAGUCACCGCUACUCCACCGGACAGUCCUAGCCAAGCUAUAUCGAGUGUCGAGCAACUCAAGCCGUGUUCAUCUCCUCCUGGUGACACUCAAACUCUUUCACAAUUCGUUUAUCCACCCAGGGCAUUCGCCGAUGAAGUCGAGGAUGAAGCAGCAGAGGGAGUUUGGGGUUAUCUGAUUCCUCUUGAUGACAAAGUUCGAGAUGCGCUUGUGUUGAGAAAGCGCCAUAGCUGUGAUACUCGCAAGAAUGGUGACUCAAAGACUCAGACGAGCAAAGAAUCCCGGCUCUCUCAAGACAAGAGUCCAAUCAGCAGACAAAGACUUAAUCGACCUCCUGGGGGUUAUCUGGUCGGUCGUCAUCCAGAGUGCGACCUGGUUAUUAAUAUUCCCACAAUAUCCAAUCGACAUUUCUUAAUAUUCAGCGAAAACAAGAACGGCGAUUCUAUCGCAAUUGUGGAAGAUCUGUCCAGCAAUGGCACCUUUGUAAAUGAUGCCAUUAUCGGGCGAAACAAGUAUCGCGAGCUUGAAGAUGGCGAUGAAAUCACCAUCCUGGAUGAAGCGCGAUUCGUUUUUAGAUAUCCCCGGACGAGAGACACGAACGGUUUCCGCCAGCAGUAUCGGUUGCUUCAGCAGCUCGGAAAAGGUCAUUUUGCAACCGUUUACUUAUGUGUGGAACGUGCGACUGGCACUCGAUAUGCCGUCAAAGUGUUUGAGAGACGUCCUGGAGAUUCUCAGAAGUCUCAGACUGAGUCCUUGCAGCAAGAGAUUGGCCUCUUAAUGGGGGUCAAUCACCCGAAUCUUCUGUGCUUGAAGGACACCUUCGACGAAGCUGAUGGCGUUUAUCUCGUUCUCGAGCUUGCACCUGAGGGCGAGCUCUUUAAUCUGAUUGUUAGCAGACAAAAAUUUUCCGAAGAAGAAACCCGCCAUAUCUUCGUUCAGCUCUUUGAGGGUCUGAAAUACCUGCAUGAUCGUGGCAUCGUCCAUCGAGACAUUAAACCCGAGAAUAUACUUGUAGCAGACAAAAAGCUGACUGUGAAACUUGGUGACUUUGGACUUGCGAAGAUCAUCGGGGAAGAUUCAUUCACCACCACUCUGUGUGGGACACCAAGUUAUGUCGCUCCAGAGAUCUUACAGGAGUCUCGUCGUCGAAGAUACACCAAGGCUGUGGACAUCUGGUCAUUGGGAGUCGUUCUAUACAUAUGCCUUUGCGGAUUUCCCCCUUUCUCCGACGAGCUCUACACGCGCGAAAACCCCUUCACAUUGGCACAGCAGAUCAAAAUGGGCAGAUUCGAUUAUCCAUCACCGUAUUGGGAUUCUGUGGGCGACCCAGCUUUGGACCUGAUAGACAGGAUGCUUACAGUUGAUGUUGAGAAGAGAAUCACGGUGGAUGAAUGUCUAGAACAUCCUUGGCUUACCGGGAAAUACAUGAGCGUUUCCGAUAGCACAGAGGGGCUGACUGGUGCGCUGGGAAAGCUCGACUUCUCAAGACGCAAAGUCGAGCGCGAGCGCACAUUGCUCAGCAGCAUCAAUGACGCUCAUUUUAGCGAACACAACGAAGGAUCUGGUGCUCCUGUGAAGGUCUUCCACAAGAAUAAUGCUGGCAAGCGCAUGCACAACCAGCCAGCCCAUGCUAUCCAUCGAAAUGAGGCUCCGCCCGAUGAGAAUAGCGCUCCCAAGGAAUUCGUCAAUCUUGGAGAGCGCGGUGACCCAGUGUUGUUUGAGGAAGAUCCAACAACUCAUUAUAAGUGA